UCAACCACUGGUUUUAAUGUAACAGUGUGUUUACUACAGGACCAGAGCUCUGCGAAAAGCUGUCCAUCUAAACUGUGAAGUCUAAAUUAAACAGAUAACCUCUUAGUUUCACGUAAAGAAGAAAACAGUAAAGGAAUCCACCAUGCCUAAAAGAAAGGGAACCGAUGGAGAGGUUAAAGGAGAACCCCAGAGAAGAUCUGCCAGGUUAUCAGCGCAGAAACCAGUUCCUGCAAAACCAGAACCGAAACCUAAAAAGACACUGAAGAAAGAUAAAGAGGUGAACGACAAAAAAGAGGAGAAAAAGAAGGCAAAGGCUGAGGAGCCUAAAGAAGAGAACAAGUCGGAAAAUGGGGAGACCAAGACUAAUGAGGUGGAGAAGACCCCAGAGGCCGAGCCUGAACCGGAAAAGGAGGAAUCGAAGACCGAGUAGCACCACGCCAACCCAUUCAUCCAUCCAUCUGUCCAUCCGUCCAUUCAGGCCCCUACUUCAGCAGCCCCCAGUCUCACCUGGAUCCCUGUCCCUCUCCCCCAUUUUUUUCUUCACCUUCACCAGAGAAAUAUUUUUAUCAACAAUUUUGUAAAUACUGGUACAGGUUUUUAGCACAAAACAAAGCUAAAUGUGUUCAGCCUCAGUCAUAUCAGGUGUUUCCAUUGCCAGCAAAAGGAUGGUGUGAGUUCUUCUGGUGUUUCCUGGGGAGACCACCGUUGCCCCAGUGCAUUCAUUGCAUAUAUGAUCAAUGCAGUGUAAUGACAUGACAAAACUCUGGGCAGUCAGAACUUACGGAAACGAGAAGAAACGUGUCAUGAAUCUGCAACGGCAUACUUUUGUCUGAAUUGUUUUUAAUAUAUUGUUAGGUCCUUGUUUGGGAGUUUGUAGUGGGAGUUGGCUGGUGGCUUGGUGGUAGGUGAUGGUGUGUUCUUGGUUCACCAGCGCAGUCUGUGCCAGUUUAGUGGUUGUUUAUACUCUGGGGUCUGUGCAGUGUUGUUCUUAAUUUGGGGGUUUUAUUUUAAUUUCUUUACAAAUUAAUUGUCUAUGAGAAAGAGGAAUAAUCAAGCAUUCUUGACAGAUAACUGAAAACAUUCCAGGCACGGUUCAAAAGGUGGUCUCCUUCACAUUUGAGUAAUAAUGCAGCUGAAUUGAUUUGUUAAGACAGAUAAAGCUAACAGGACAAAUAAAUAAACAUAAAAAAAAGAUUGUGUGUAAUUAUGCAGGACAUUUUUUGGAAUUUAAAAAACAAGAAUGGCAAUUUUUUAACACUGAAAAUUCAUCUCUAAAGACCUGGGGUUGUGUGCGUUCCCACUAAAGCUCUGGAUGUCUCAUAAUAAAAUUAUCAUGUAAGUUUUCCUCA